AUGACGCAGGCAGAGCGUCCCGAGACAUCUUCUUCUUCACUGCGUGAUGGUGACAGCGUGCAAGAGUGUUUUGCGUUGGCCCCACCGAUGGUGACUUGCCUGGUGCGUCACAUUGAUCGUGCGAUGGCAGAGGUUACCACCCCGCCCAUUAUUGAACGCUGCGUUGUGGAGCUCCAGUCUUAUUUCCAACCGCACAUUGAUGCCAGCAGGGUGGUUGAAAAUUGUGUCCCUGGUAGCAAACUGCAGCUGCAGUUCGGCAAGGCGAUGGAUAUAAACGCCGGCACCAGCUCUUCGCUGCUCCAUGUGUACAUCCUUGCCGUGGAUCAGCCGUACUCGCGGCCUCGUCUAUUAUCGCACGUCGUGAAGAAGUGGCGCACUCUCUUAGAGGGCCUCGGUCAAGAAGGAAGUGCGUUCGUGAUGUUGUACCAUCAGGACCUCGUUGACGCGGCGAGAUUCAGUACACAACGGGCAUCUGGUUUGCCCGGUGACGUUCAUGGGGCGAAGGAACCGGAUCAACGGAAGGCGGAUGCUGCCGUGGCGGCAUUGGAGCCGUACUUUGAGGAACUCAAGGCACUCCAUUUUGCGCCGCAUCAGAUGUGUGCGUACCUUCCUAAUGAGGCUCCUAUCCGCAUUGUUGAACGGCUGCGGGCGGUAUUUGCUGAACGUACCGCACGGCUGACUGCGGCGUUUGAUAGUUAUCAGCAGCGUCAGCUACGCUCUUCACACGCCAGCUGCAGCAACAGUAAUUAUAGCAACGGCAUUGCGACAGGGACGGCGGAUGUGUGGGACCUGCAUGAGUGGUGGCGAAGAGGGUACGAAUUGGCGAUACACCUUUUGCAUUUUGGUGCUGUGAGUGAAGCUAUGAAAGUCUUUGCAAAAAUGUUUAGCCUGUACUACUACCACUCCGAGGAUUACGGGUUUCUGAAGAGUAGGGCGACACUCGCACGGCUGGGAAAGCUUCCCAACGUCUUUGAUCCCAGGGCCUUUUUGACCGAGAGUGAUGGCUCCCCGUCCGUUUUGCUGGACGAGGCGGAGAUUUUGGAGGGGCUUCUUUUUAUCGUAGCCUGCGAGAUGUGGUGUGCGCUGCAACUUGGGCUCCGCAAUGCCGCCUUUGCGCGGUAUAAGGAGUUCUUGCAGGUGGCACGGGAGAAGUUCGCGGAGGAGACUACAUCAAAAGUUACAGAAGUGUGGGAGCUUUUUUUCCUGCUUCGCUGCGCACUCUCCGCGAUGCGGCUAAACUGGAACAUUGCGGUUUUGGGGACUGGCGGAGGUGACAUGUCGGCAUCAGUUGGAUCGAGGCUGGCCGAUACGGUUCAGCACCAUCAAGAAGGGGAUGGUGAGCCAUCGUCAAAACGGCAUCGGGGCAGUUUGGAUUGCUCCGAAACAUUAUCCACCUCAGUGAUUAACGAAUGGGGCAACUCCGUUGCCUCACCCAACAUGGAAAGUAUUUUGGUGUCUUCUCUCGGAAGCUUCGUGGAGGGGUCGGAGGCUCAACGAGAAGGAGCAGAACAAGAGGGAGGAAAGGGGAACAGAAAAGAUGCGAUGAAGGUCAAUCGUGUGGCAAUGACAGAGCGACUGCUGACGUUGUGUCGCAUUCUCCACGUUUCCUGGUGCAAGGACUCGCGUUGGAUGUGUCGACUGCUCACUAAACUCUCGACAGACGCGUUGGAGUUUCUUGUGGAUCUUGCAGCCAUCAUUGGCUAUCGUGAGACAGGCGAGAUGGUCGUUCCGCUUCCGUCCGCAUUACCUCCGCAUUUACCACCACCAGAAGUCUCUGAAUUUGGGAUGCCGGAGAUUGCCUCCGCUGCUGCCUUUGCGUCGUUCUAUCGGACACUCGCGGAGACUUCUGCUAUUGGGUAUUUCCUGCUGGGCGACCGGCGUCUUGCACACGAACUGUACUAUAAGUGUGCACUUUCUUACCGCGUAGAGAAUCCCGCCGUGACCGCCGAGUUGUGUCUGCAGCGGCUUAUUCCCUUUUGCCGGCGUCAGGGCUGGCUGCAGCUUCAGGCUGUUGUUCACUGCCUGUUUGUGGAGUCGAUGGAUCUUGUCAUGCGGCAACGCGAAGAAAUCUGCCAACCGCCGCUAAAAGAAGAAGAAACGGUGGUGUUGAAGGAGUCGAUUUUGUACAUCAUUGGCGCCCUCAACGAGCGCGGCGCGUUGCGGGAGGAAAUUUAUAUUCUCUGCGGGAGGCAUUCUCCGGCAACUUGGUGGCGCCGUCUGAGAGAAAUUGAUAGCAAAUGGAAGAACCGCAAUGAAGCGAGGGAGGAGCCGAGUUAUAGUCUUUCCCUUUUACUCCGGGAUCCACACGUGUUCUGUUUGCAAUCGGACUCUCUGCAGGAGAAGUCAAAACGGGAGUUGGACGAAACGACAUCAUCAAAGGAACUGAAAACCGUGGGGGAAGUGGAAGCCAUGCCCGCGUUUCCCGAGAUGCAGGCAAAGCUUGGGGACACGUUCCUUCUCCACUUCCAUGUCACUUGCCUUGUGGACAUUUUGGGCCCCGCGAAGGAGGAGGAAGAGGAAUGCUCCUGUAUCACACUCACUGCAAUGCUUGCGUCAAAGAAGGAUUGGACGGACCCCCUGGAACCCAUACAUCUCGUGGAUGUGACCAAAGUGGUGCAUUCUUCCUAUAACGAGGAGAGGCAGCAAGUUGAGUGGGUAUGGGAAUUUCAUCCAUGCCGAGCUGGCGAGUAUCAUCUGCUCUGCAUCACGCUGCGUGUGGGUAUGACAACGCUUGUGUACGUGCAUGACCAAACCGCAACUUUGUCUGCUGGAAGAAUUGCCACCCCGCCGGCUGACGAUGUCUCCAGUAGUGGGAGAGCGAUGCCACGGUGUUUGCUCUCGUUGCCUGAGCCAGACAUUGGCAUCCGGUUGCAUGUGUCUCCACCCGAUGAGUCCCAUUGUUUUGGUGACAUGCCGAGUUUUUUUAGAGUUUGUGUAGAGAUGGAGCGGCCACUGAUUGUUCCGCAGGACAGCACGACUCAUGCAUCACUGUUAUCAUCCGCAGCAUCGGCGGGACACGACGGUGUGGGCUGCAAGAGUUGUUCCUUUGAUGCGCUUGUCCCGCCAGGCUCAGUUGCCAGCACAAUUACAACCGCAAUGCGUUCACCGGGCCAGUGGGAUUCGCGUCACCACUUUAUGACGGAGCCAGCGCCGGAGCAAGAUCCGAGGGCAUUGGCCCUUAUUUACGUCCAUCUUCCAAGGCGGCACGCCAUGCAUCGCCCAUCGCUUACUUCAGCCUCCGUCAACACUCCAGCGCAGAGGUCUUUCAGGGAGAGCACGUUGCUGCACGAUGUGGCAGCAAUCCGCCGUACCGAUACCGAUCAUCUUGCCAACAACUCCUUGAGUGGCCUCAAGAUGAGUACCUCAGGUGUUAUGGUGUCCAUUUCAGACGAAAAGACGGGUGCAUUAACCACGGUACCGGUCAAUGAACAACGUAUCAUGGCACAGCUACCAACAAUUUUCCGUAGUUGUAGAGGAGAAAAAGAGUUGUGUGGCGAGGAUGGCAAGGGAGAUUGUGUGAAUUCCAUGCAUCUGGAGGGCAGCGUACUACUAACGGUACCGAGACCACAGUGUUGCUUUAAAAUUUGCCUUAACGAAACCAAGCGUCAGCAUCAACAAGAAGAGGAAAAGGAGAACCUCGGUAAGUUGUUGGGGAAAACACGUCUUGAGUGCCUAUUGCCCGUCCUGCCCAUCUUUAUGUCGAGCACAGACGAGUGUGCGCAGGUGUCACUUUGCUGUCAGCGCGACAUGGAGUCAUGCACCACCAGUGUCUCCGUGCCAUUUGGCUUUGCUCAGGCUUUUAAGGUCCAAUAUGCCUUUAAGUGCUUUCAGAGUCGUGUGUACUGUCUUGUGCAGGUGGAGAAUGUGCUGAAUAAGACCUCUCUCUGGCUCCGUGGUGCGUUUCUGGAGUUGCUAGACACAGAAUGCUAUUAUAAACUUACCCGGGUCUCUUUCACCCACGAGCGUCUAAUGUUGCGUGAGUGGAAGCCUCACGAGACGAUGCAUCUAUUCUUUGAACUUACCCCCUGCUCUGACUCCUGCAUCCGUGAGAAGGAGGUUUGCCAUCGUGUGCGACUGCAGUUGAUAUAUUCGAGUUGGUCAAUGGCGUCAGAGAUGACGCCGUUGGACGCGCACAUUCUGCGCCCGAUGCACAUCCACUCGGGGCAUUCCUCUGGUGACAACAGCCCUGACGCAGCCCCACUUGCUGCUGGGAUAACUGCCGAAAAGAGUCUCGUUGGAGCGUUGGAGAGCCAUCAAGAUCGCACAGGGACAAACUCAGUGAACAGCAGUGGCGCGGAGCGGCCAUUUUUUACUGUCAAACAGCCACAAGUCUACCGCAAUUCUGCGCAGUUGGAGAAGUUACGGGCCACAUGUAACACUUUCCAGGCUCCCGUAGGGACGUUUACAUCGAAGCACUCUUGCUUGUUUAAUGCCAUCAUUUUUGUAGAUCCGCAGCAUCUUAAAGAUCACCACUGGAGCCAUCUGGGGUCUGCAGACGACGCAACCAGAAAACUCACCCCAUUGGUGCGGAACCUCAUUGAAACGAUUAGUGAGGAUUCUUUCGAUGACGCUCCAGCUCCCGUUGGGGCGUCGCCAGUGGAUCUUCCGGGCGGCUGUGUGUUUCCUAUCGGUGAGCCCAUUCGCUUCUCUGUGGCGUUGGAGCCGCUUGCACACAACUGGCCAGAGAACAGUGACGGCGAGGAGGAAUUUUUUAUUACCUUCAAGGCCGAUCCUUCCGCAUGGCUGGUUACUGGGAAGCAACGGCUUCGUCGUGUGCUUUCGAUGAUGGAGGAGGAGACGUUGUACUUCACGGCAGUGCCAGUUCCGGCGCUGUUUUGCUCAUUUGCCGAGCGAGAGGCGGAUCGUCGGCCCCAUGGGCGCGAGGACGACCAGCAUGGGAAGGCCGUACAACUGGGUCGGAGGAAGCAGAAGCUCUCGAUUGUUCCCACGCCCACCAUUGAGAUGCGUUGGGCGUCACGCAAUGAUGCGAACGGAGAGGAGACAAACGCGGAGAACAACAUGGUGGCCAUUGACGUGGUGCAGUUCCGUACAUCCAUGCGCAUUCGGCAUUGA